AAAAAAAAAGGAACAGUGAAGGAUGGGGCUUGCUAUAAAUUCAGAUUUUGCAGGAGCAACGGCAAAGAAAGUGGUUCUUUCUGCUUCCAUCAUCCAGACCAAAAAUAAUAGGACGAAUCAAUGGGGAACAGAUGAUAAAAGAGGGAGCAGGAAGCCAAUCCCGUAACCGAAAAGGCGGGAUCUUUCCCUGAUCGGCAUGAUCUGAGGUCGUCGCCUGGCCCCCCACAUCGCCGCCGCUCCUCCGGUCGGCGUCUUCUUCCUCCACUCCGGCACUUGUGUUGUUAACAGGAACUAGGAAUACUGCAGUUCUCGUCUUAUGGGACUCAUCUGAUGACCAACAUUAACAUGGCAAAUACUGCUUCAUGUGAUACAUACCUGUUGUUCAAUGGAGAAACCUGGAUUCCAAAUGGUGUCCGUGCUUUUCUUUAUACUGUUGUCCUCGCGUAUUGUUUUAUUGGUUUGUCUGCGAUCACUGGCCGGUUCUUCAAGUCAAUGGAGAACAUCAUGAAACACUCCCGGGAGGUUGUCACAGUAGACCCACACACAAAAGCUACCAUUGUCAAGCAUGAGAAGGUGUGGAACUACACUAUAGCGGACAUUGCUCUCCUUGCAUUUGGUACUAGCUUUCCUCAAAUCUCACUAGCAACCAUCGAUGCAAUUCGUAAUCUGGGUCAACUGACAGCAGGAGGUUUAGGGCCAGGUACCCUUGUGGGUUCUGCUGCAUUUGACCUAUUCCCCAUACAUGCUGUCUGUGUGCUUAUGCCAAGGGCAGGCUCUAAGAAAAAGAUAUCUGAUCUCGGUGUUUGGUUAGUUGAGCUGUUCUGGUCAUUCUGGGCAUACAUUUGGCUAUAUAUUAUAUUAGAGGUUUGGACGCCUAGAGUGAUCACCCUCUCGGAGGCCUUGCUGACAGUAUUGCAAUAUGGGUUGCUUCUGCUUCAUGCAUAUGCACAGGACAAGCGGUGGCCAUAUGUGUCGAUCCCUUUGGGAAGAGGUGACAGACCUGAAGAUUGGGUUCCAGCAGAAGAUACUUCAGGUGAUUAUGGAGACAACUACGAUGAGAUUGGAGAGACAACCCCUGGCCAGUCUGAGGAUAUAGUUGAUAUAUUCUCGGUGCAUUCUUACAGUAAUGAAGGGUAUCACCAUGUUCCAGAAAAGGAUGUGGAAGAAUUGUCGAUAGGUCUUACAGUGAAGAACAAACAAGAGGAUACUCGCUGGCUUUCUAUCUGGCGGCAACAGUUUGUUGAUGCUGCGACGUUGGAGAGUUCUGAGUCAAGGAAGAUGGAUUCUGUCUGCUUGAGAUUUGUCAGAAUCUUUUGGAACCUGAUCAUUGCACCUUGGAAAUUGCUGUUUGCUUUUGUGCCCCCGUAUGAAAUUGCACAUGGAUGGAUCGCUUUUAUUUGCUCACUAGUCUUCAUAAGUGGUAUUGCUUAUGGGGUUACUAAGCUGACAGAUCAGAUAAGCUGUGUCACAGGAGUAAGUCCAUAUGUUAUAGCAUUCACAGCACUGGCUGCUGGAACCUCAUGGCCUGAUCUAGUUGCAAGCAAGAUAGCUGCUGAGCGUCAAAUCACCGCAGAUUCUGCAAUUGCCAACAUCACUUGCAGCAAUUCGGUGAACAUAUAUGUUGGCAUCGGUGUUCCAUGGCUGGUGGACACGAUGUACAACUUCUUUGUCUACCAGAAGCCCCUGUACAUAGACAAUGCUGCUGGCCUCAGCUUCUCCCUUCUGGUGUUCUUCGCGACAUCGUUCGGAUGCAUCACAGUUUUGGUUCUUCGUCGCGUCAUACUUGGCGCCGAGCUUGGUGGCCCUAGGGUAUGGGCUUGGGCGACAUCAGUCUACUUCAUGAUCCUUUGGGUGGUUUUUGUUGUCCUCUCUUCCUUGAGAGUGUCUGGAGUAAUAUAAUACAGUUGCAGUUUCUCAUUCUUUUUUGUCUCUGUCUUUCUAUCCAUUUACGGGUCUAUUUGAGGGAGUUUCUCUCAGCUACAGCUUUUCCCAAAAGUUACUUCUGACAGAAGCUGUCCCAAACGGUCUACAGCUUCUGAGAAUAUGUAGUUAUAGAUUCUAAAAAAUGAACUAAGAAGCUAGAGAAGUUGGGUUUAGAAGCUUUUUCGAAUUCUUAGAAGCUAACUACCAAGCAGCUGCUAUUAAAAUCUAAAGUUCUUCCAAACAGGCCCUACAUAUAGACAAUUUUUACGCAAGCAACAUGAAGGCCGGCCAAAGUUAGUCCAUCCUGUAGAUAGUAGGUACUGUACAGUGUACACACAUACAUACAAAUGCUUGAUCGGUGUAUUAUUUUUGUAAGUUACUGCACUAUAUUCAUAUAUGGUUGAAAUCAUUGGUGCCUGAGAAAA